AGUUUCAUUAACAUAAUAUAAAAUAGAUACAUGAAGAUGAAGAGGUUAGAUCAUAAUUGGCUGAUGAACCAGACUAAGAUGAAAUAGGGAAUUAAUAUUAAGCUGAAAUUCUAGCUUCUAAAACAGACAUUAAUCAUGGUAAUAUUUAAAAUACUUCUCAUCAAACUAGUCAUAAUGAAGUGUAAUUCCAUUAAAAAUUACCCAUUUUAUAAAGAUAAUUUGAUUUGCUUAGUCUUCUAGAUUAAGGACUUUAAUUUUAGUCUUUAGAUGCUUCAUAAAGAUAGAAUAGUUCCAGUGUUGCAAUUCAAACAGAAAGUAAAAAGAAGUUUCUUCCAAAAUUGAUUCUCAAU